GUAAGGGUAUUGGCCUUCACGGGUGUUGAUUCUCUCAUUUUUUUGACAUGUCAAUCUGACCCACAAACAGAACUUCCACUCCUGGGGUCUUCCCUUCACUUUUAUAUUCCCCAUUACUGUUUCUUUCUUUGUCCUAAACUUUUUCUCAUAGGAGCCCAUCAUGCCUACCUAUUCUUCUUCUUCUUCUUCUUCUUCUUCUUCAUUAUCAUUUGUUUUCACUUGUUUGCUCAUUUUAAUGCUAGGCAUAAACUCCUCAAUUUCAAUAUUGGCGAAAACCACCAACACCACCCGUCGUCCUCCUCGCCAACUUUCCGUUAAUUACUAUGCAAGAACCUGUCCUCAACUUGAGCAACUUGUUGGUUCAGUUACUUCCCAGCAAUUUAAAGAAACACCAGUUUCAGGGCCAGCCACCAUUCGUCUAUUCUUUCAUGACUGCUUUGUAGAAGGAUGUGAUGCAUCUAUACUGAUAUCAACAAGGCCAGGAAGCAAACAGUUAGCAGAGAAGGACGCAGAGGAUAAUAAGAAUUUGAGGAUAGAAGGAUUUGAGAGUAUUAGAAAGGCUAAAGCAUUGGUGGAGGGCAAGUGCCCUGGUGUUGUUUCUUGUUCAGAUAUUCUUGCAAUUGCAGCCAGAGAUUUUGUCCACCUGGCAGGGGGACCUUAUUACCAAGUGAAGAAAGGCAGAUGGGAUGGGAAAAUAUCACUGGCAUCAAGGGUAACCUUCAAUCUCCCUAGUGCAAAUUCAACAGUUGAUCAGCUACUAAAACUCUUCAACUCCAAAGGAUUGACACUCCAAGAUCUAGUAGUACUUUCGGGUGCACAUACAAUUGGGUUUGCCCAUUGUAAGCAAUUUGUUAGCCGCCUCUACAAUUAUCAUGGCAGUAAGCAGCCUGAUCCUGCCAUUGACCCAAGGCUACUAAAGGCACUAAAGAUGUCAUGCCCACAAUUUGGUGGAAAUGAGGAUAUUGUAGCACCAUUUGAUGUUACUACUCCAUUCUUGUUUGAUCACGCUUAUUAUGGAAAUCUGGAGUCUAAAUUGGGCUUAUUGGCCACUGACCAAGCCCUCUUUUUGGACCCAAGGACCAAGCCCUUAGUUCAACAGUUGGGUAAAGAUAAGCAAAAAUUCUAUCAGGCAUUUGCACAGGCAAUGGAUAAAAUGGGUUCAAUUGGUGUCAAGAGGGGUAGAAGACAUGGGGAGAAGAGGAAAGAUUGUAGUAUUCAUGCUUCAUGAUUAUUUUGACCUUUUAUUAUUAUUAUUUUCUUUUCUUUUUUCUUUUUGAUUAAUGGCCUUUUGUGAAUGUGAGAAGAGAUUGAAAGAACUAAUGUAGCAAAAUUCAUUUUUAA